UCUCACACAGAAACACACGCACUGAAUGUGAGAGAGAUUGAGAGCUUAAAGUGUAUUUCAAAAGUCUAUCACAGCUGAAAAGAGUACUGAACAGAGAGAGAAGUUAGCUAGCUAGGGUUUCAUUGUCGUUGCUGCCAUGUUGGACUACGGAUGGGGGAACCCGUCGUCGAUCAUGCUUUCCGGCGACGACAACCACCAAGACUCCGACCAGAACCGCUCCAUUUUCGACCCUUACGCCACCCAGAACUUCUCCGACGCCGCCAAUUUUAUGAACCCGCCGGAAACCCACCAUUACUCCGCCGUGCCCACCAAUGAUAAUCCACACAACCACCACCAACUCCCGUUCCACCACCAGAACCCGAAUUCCAGCAACCAUUUCACUAGUUUCUACGACUCACGUGCCUACAGCGCCGCCGCCUCGUCGUACCAGCACCACCCACAUGCGGCGGCGGCGGCGGCGUCGAUGCUGACGCUGGAACCGGCCGGUGGGCAGACCGGUUACAUGAUGGUGCCGAAGAGCGAGCCGGUUAAUGUUGGCGGGCUUGAGUACAACAGUAGAAUAGGGCUGAACCUGGGCGGAAGGACUUACUUCGCGUCGUCGGAGGACGACUUUGUGAACCGGCUAUACAGGCGGUCGAGGGCACUCGAACCCGGUUCGAUGAACUCACCUAGGUGCCAAGCCGAAGGCUGCAACGCCGACUUGACCCACGCCAAGCACUACCACCGCCGCCACAAGGUCUGCGAUUUCCACUCUAAAGCCUCCACCGUCAUCGCCGCCGGGUUGACUCAGCGAUUCUGCCAACAAUGCAGCAGAUUCCAUCUGCUGUCGGAAUUUGACAACGGCAAGAGAAGUUGCCGGAAAAGGCUGGCCGACCACAACCGGAGGAGAAGGAAAUCCCAGCAGCCCAGUCAAGAAAACCCCAACAAAUCUCAUCAGCUUAUUGAAUCCACCGCCACCAAUUCUUCAUCUGAAAACCUAGCUACCAGGUCGCCGCCGGAUUCAGGGCAUCACUCAUCGUCGGUGACAGUGGCGGUUUCGCCGCCGAGAAUAUCGCUGGACUGUUUCGGACAGAGAUCCUACAUAGGUGGGACCACCUCUUCCACGUCAUCAACAAGCUCUCUCUUCUACUCAAACGGAUGACGUCACCGCCGCCCGCAGUUAUUUCAGGCAGGCAUCCCUCUUUCUCCGGCGUUGUCGCCGGAAUCCGAUUCCGGAGUUUCUCACAAUCCGAUCAAACUGCAUGCGGAACUAGCUAGUAAUUAUAUAAUAUAGUACGUACGUAGUACUUAAUUAAUUAGUAGUCUGGUAAUAACAUAGUUUAUUUAACCC